UUGUAUUCAGGUGUAGUCGGCACAUCAAAAUGCGUGGAUUCGGAUGCAGACUGUUACGGAUGGGUGGCCCAGAACCAUACGUGGUGCUAUGAGGAGGACACCUUUACGGCGAGUCUCUGCGACAAGAGUUGUCAGAAAUGUGGUGCACCCGUUCGCAAAGAAUUCGAUUUGAGACGAGUGCCGCAUAAUUUGCAACCGAUCGCAUUUUUAAUCGGUAAAUGGCGUUCUGAAUUUGGCGGUAAGGCAUUCUUUCCAACUAUUCCCAGGUUUACGUACGGUGAAGAGAUUGUUUUCAGUAUUUGCGAUCCACAUUUGAGCGGUGAACCAUCACUCUAUUAUAAUGAAUGCUGUUGA